CUCUUUAUUCUCGGCCUUUUUUCGACGAACAUGCUGCUUUUGCCCAGGUAUCCAGUCGUCCUCUCUCGUCGUCUUCGUCAUGGCUAUCACAUAGUUAUUUCCCACCAUUUCUUUGCCAUGUACCGUGACGAAGAUGCCGAGAGAAAACCUGCAGCUCGUUCUUUCAGACGAUUGCUUCGUUUCAGCGCUAGAUGGGAACCACCGUCCGGCGACUUAUUAUCCGCCGCCCUCCAUGACUUUUGAUUCGUUCAAGUUAUUGCAGUUUUUGAAGAACUGAUAUGCUAACCUUCCACGCAGAUGAACCGCUUUUCAGCCCCGAAGAACAAGCGACCGCUGAUGUUGACGCUCUGGUCAACGACGAUGCUCAACAGAUGAAGCGCGAUAUACCGAUUAUUCCUCCAAUUUAUGAGCAUCCUCGCCGAGCUACACCCACCAUCCCACCAGGCUUCUCCGCUCCAGUUGCACAUAGGGCACUGACCGAGCACUCGACGACGCCUAUGUCACGAACUACAUCAGCAGACAUCACUCCUGCUGCUUCUGUCGUACCGGUCUCGCCGGCCAGCGUGCCAUCCGGCCAAGGUCAACAGCGGCGGGAAGUAGUCAUCUCUGCGGUCGCAGCUCCUGCCGAAGCUUCGAGUGCCAGGCCUUCGGAUCCUAUGGAGCAAUCCGGUAAACCAAGUCUGGCAAAGCCGCAGUCCGCUCCAAAGACUGCUACAGCGGAGUCAGUCGAGGUUGUCACCCAACCGGAGCAGAAGGAAGCUCGACCAGUCGGCGCUGAAUCUCCAUCCAAACCGGUUGUGAAGUCCAAAUCAAACAGUAAAAAAGGGAAAGAUGAUAUUGUCGCUGAAUCAGCAGCCGAGAAAGAUGUCAAAAGCAGUGCACCCGCAGCAGCAAGCCCGCAAAAAGCCCUUAAAAGAAAUACGCCAGCAGCGACCACCCAGAAAGACGUCAAGAACGAUCCAACGGCACCAACCGCUGCACUCUCCGCCAAACGGCAGCAUAUCGGGAAACUAGACCUAGCUGUUGCCACGGAUGAGUUGGACGCUGGGCAAAAACACCCGUCCAGUCCCUUGAGGACCGACACCCCGUCCAAAACGGGACGCACGGUUCCUUUAGCUGCAAGUAGCUCCGUACCUCAAAGUCCCGCCGCAGCGAGCACCGGAUCUCCUGUCAAACGGGCAGCUGCACCGCGGACGAUCAGAGUUGUGCCUACGCCUAGGACUGAAACGCCGCCGACGCUCCCAGCGGUCUCAACAGGCCCAGCUCAUGUGCCAACUGUCGACAAGUUACGUUCUAGGCAGGCUAGUAUUGCGUCUAUCAAUCAACCCGGUACACCCGCAAGCGAAUUGAUUUCAGAGGAUACUUCCAUAAUCACAUCGGCCUCUGUGUCUCGUGCCAGUUCUCCACCACUCGUCGGCGGUAAAGUGGGAAGUGCUCCUGUUAGGAAGAAGACAAAGUCCCAGGCCAAAAAAGAGCGACAGGAAAGAGCACGACAGAUGUUGGAAGAACAGACACUUGCUUUGGAAGAGCAGGCCAAAGCUGAGCCAGAACCAGAACAUGCUCCCAUCGUAGGGCGGAAGACGAAAAAGAAGAAGUCUACGCCGAGUGCUGCCAAGGUUACUGCAGCUCCUGCCAAAACCCAGGCAGCUUCGUCGAAGGAUGGCCCCACCCAAGAGGGCGAGGAAGGUGAACCGAAAUCCUCGCCUGCACCGACUGUUGGGGCGAAGACGGAGGUUGACGCUCAUGCGUCUCAGUCUCCCGCGCAAGGAACUCCGGAAACUGGUCCAAAGGAGAAGGGCAACCUCACCGCUCAGGCCAUCAUCGCCGAUCUGCAAAAGAGCGGGGAGCUGUUAGCAUCUACCCUUGAGUUUUUCAAACCGUUAUCGUCUUCACUGGCCCACACGGCUCGUGCCGCUCAGUCUGGCGCUACUAUAGCGCCGCAGGACGCCAAAUUGCACUUCACUCAGGCGGACUUGGAAGCGCUAGCUAAGAAGCAGCCUGUGCGACUGAGCGGUCCGGAUGGCAAGCCAGAUUCCAGAUACUUGAUCACCCCUCAGGGGAAAUUUCUGUGGGGGCUGACAAAAGAGCUAGAGGAUAAAGCGCUCGAACUAGAGAAACACAUUGAGGAGCUAAAAGGACCGGCCCGUUUCCAUCCCCAACAGCGUAUACCGCAUGUUCCUAGUGCUGCCCCGCAUGCGCAGUCCAGGGAUGUGCUGCCGGCCAUAGCGACUGCACUCAAGGAGGCUGGUGCUAAGUUAAAGAGCGGCAGUGCCGCCGCUGCAGUCCAAAGCAUGCCGAAGAUCGAUCCCAAUAAUCAGAACGCCCACCAACAACCAGCACCGCAACAGCAAGCUCCAGUUGAUGCCGGCGCCUACCUCAAUCAAUUUGUUAUUCCUAGCACGGACAAUCCCUCGCCUAACAGUACGCGGACCGAAAUGUUCGCCGUUGGUGGCCCGCCUGGUGCAGGCGCGGGCAAUACUUCUGUCAACAUUGGCAAGAUUGCCAAGGCUGCGAAGGUGGUUGCUGAAGGCGGGACGUUGAGCAAUGAACUUGAGGGCAUGGGCGUCAUGGCUGCGGAUUUGCUUGGAGGCGUCGUUGUCCAGGGGCUCGAAUGGCUCAUGAACGCUGGUCUGGGCACGAAUAUCCAUCAGGAUCUCAGUGUGGAUGGGAAGGGAAAUAUCACGCUCGGUGGCAACGGUUUCGACGUGCAGGGAUUCGUCGACGCGAUGGGGUCUGCGGGCGGACUUGGGGGAGUGGAAGCAGCGCAGGCCGGACGCAGAGGGAGGAGGAGCGUCUUGUCUGUUGCCGAGGCGGAGCAGGCGAUGCUCGCGGCGAAGAAGGAGUAUGAGGCGUUGGAGAAGAAGUUGGCGGCGCUGAUGAAGAGGAACAGGAAGCUGGUGGGUGCGACGAGGUAGAGUUUCUAAGGAAACUGAAUGAGGAGGAAGAUUAGCGGACUGUGCUCCUGAGUACGGAUAGGUGUUCCUGGUCGGAAGGAGCAUUCUCGGAUGCAUUUUACGAAUCAUGUCUAUUGGCGUCGUGCGGGCAUAAGGCAUAUGGUAUACCAUGGCACGUAUUAGGGUGCGGUUGAUAGAAGCAUCAAGUUCCAAGAUAGCAAGGAACCCGUUCAAAGCAUUCAAACAAUAUCAGGUUAUACCCAAUCCCUUCGUAUCAAGCGAUCUUUAUUCUGCCAUUCAAUACGUCCAUGCCCUCAAGGUGACGGUUACUCGAUAUCGCACCUCAACUCCAAGAAUGACGC